UCUGAAUUGAAUGGUCCUCUCUACUCGAACAGUUCCCUCGCUGUCACAGGAGUGACUUUCACCCUUGGAAAAUGCUGUUCUAUUUUGCACACAAACAAAGGAUGUUUAAGGAUCAAAUCUGAGAAGCUGAUUCAGUGAUGUCUGCAGUUGAUUUUCCGCCUGACUCCAGCACUUGGUAUUUCUAGUUCAACUCAUCUUGUAUAACAUCUUUAUUAAACGUACCUGCUUAUUAGGUAUGUAAUACUCUUAAAUGGAGACAAAUGCAUCAACUAUCUUUUCGGUGAGAUUGUCCUCUGAAAUUAGUAAUUAGUUAAUAAAGAAAUGAAUGGCUAUUAUUGAUAAAGUAUAUAUUUAUUCAACCAUAGCUUGGAUCAAUGGUGAUUAUUUUAACAAGAUUAAAUAUUUACGAAUUAGUGCCUUCAAAUGUUAAUAUAAUUGCCCCCGUUAUAUAGCUGUCCUGGGCGUUUCCAUUGAAUGUAUGGUGCUCAUCCAUCAGUGAGAGUGAGCAGAACUCAUCAACGGUAAGGGCGGGGUAGCACCAGUCGUUCCUAUUGGAGCAGACAAAGACCCAGGCAGGCCCACGAGCCUGCGGAGGAUCCGGCCAGGGUGCGGGCACCGACUGGAAGGGAGAGAGAGAUGCUUCAUUUGGUGCUUUCUUUGACAAUGACCGAAACAUCGCAAUGCCGCCAUACCUCUUAUUAUGAGACGUUUUGAUGAGGUCGACGAGGGAUUGCGGGACGGAGGAAGUCGGAGCGUAUCGCUGAGAGGAGGGGAGAAUGUACUACUUGGCUGCUGCUAGCUUUGCCUCUUCCCGACCGUGUGUGGUGGAAAUCGGCCGAAAUCAUAGCCUGCCUAUCGGGCUGUGUGGCUCCGAUGAGCGCCAGUCGUUAUAUGGCUACAUCGUCGCGUUCCCUUUGCAGGAUUACGGGGGUAUCAUGUCUGUACUGGCUUCGGACUCCUGGUGGAAGAAGACGCUGUACAUCACCGGGGGAGCCCUACUGGCCGCUGCGGCUUACCUGCUGCACGAACUGCUGGCCAUCAGGAAGGAGCAGAAGUUGGACUCUAAGGACGCCAUCAUCCUCCACCAGUUCUCCCGCCCAAAGAACGGCGUUCCCAGCCUCUCACCAUUCUGCCUCAAGAUGGAGACGUUUCUGCGCAUGGCCGACCUGCCCUACCAGAACUACUUUGACGGGAAGCUGUCACCGCAGGGCAAGAUGCCCUGGAUAGAGUACAACCACCAGCAGGUGUCGGGGUCAGAGUUCAUGGUGGACUUCCUGGAGGAGAAGCUGGGCAUCAACCUGAACAAGAACCUCAGUCCGGAGGAGCAGGCCGUGUCACGGGCCAUCAGCAAGAUGGUGGAGGAGCAUCUCCACUGGACCAUCGCCUACUGCCAGUGGGUGGACAACGUGGAGCAGACCCGGGAGCUGCUGGCCAUGAGCGGCCCGCUCAGCGACACGCUGCGCUGGCUGCUCAGCGCGCUGAACGGCAGCGUGGUGCGCAGGGAGAUGUACGGCCACGGCAUCGGGCGCUUCUCCCAGGAGGAGGUCUACGCCCUGAUGGAGAAGGACAUGAGGACCCUGGACACCCUGCUGGGAGAUAAGAAAUACUUCAUGGGCCCUAAGAUGUCAACGGUGGAUGCCACCGUGUUCGGGCACCUAGCCCAGGCUAUGUGGACGCUACCAGGUACACGACCGGAGCAGCUCAUCAAAGGCGAGCUCAUCAACCUGGCGCUGUUCUGCGAGCGCAUGCGGCGGCGCUUCUGGCCCGAGUGGUUCGUGGACGCCGAGGACCUGUUCUUCCAGGGCGAGAGCGAGGACAGCAGCGGCAACACCAGCAGGGGCCCGUCCCCCUCGGGCCUGCUGGACUUCGGCCUGUUCUCCCGCACCGACACGCUGGAGGACAGCGACGGCAGCGGCGGCAGCCGCUCUGGGACGCACACGCACUCCCCGGGCUCGGACCGCUCGCUGUUCGACUCGGACGUGGGCACGGGCUCCGACAACGACGCGCAGCUGAAGACCGCGACGAUGGAGGACGGGCCGGACGUCUGACCCGGCUGAAGAGAGGGAGUGAGAGAGACGUCUGAGGCCAAGGGUCCCCCCCCGACGCCGUCCCGUUAUUAUUGUUGUUACUUUUUCUUGCUCUCGAGGAGGCCGGCGAGAGACACACAGACUGGGGAAAGGGAACCUUGCUCUUGACGAUACCCUUCUGAGGUCGCCGUGUGCAUCGUGUCCGAUGGGAAGACCCGGGGAGAACCGUCCGCUACGUUGGUGUCAUGCAGAGCGUAUGAACCGAAUCCCGUUCCCCUCGUGCUACGCGGCGGCUCGUCCCAUUCCUCACGCCACAGCCGACCCUGUGGCGCCUCCUCUUAGGCCUUAUUUGUGUUGUGGUAGAAUACUAGAGCAGGGGGUGGAGGAGGAACAGGAAGGGGCUUGUUGAAGAGGGGCUUUGGGGAUGUGUGUGGCACAUUAUGGGGACAGAGUAGAGUCGAGCAACAGACGUG